CAAAUAAUUUUUAGGGUAAUUUGUGUUUUUUCUCCUAAAAAGUUGAUCUUUUUUUCAAAAUCCAUGCAAAAUACAGAAGAAAGCUUCAAAUCAGCUGAUGGUUACCAAAUUUGAUUAUUUUUCUUUUCUAGAUUGAUCUCUGUAUCUUUAUUGUAGAUUUAGGGAAAAGGGUAAAUUUUGAUUAUGAUAUUUUUUUGGUUAACAGUAUCAUUAAUUGUGAAAAUGAGCUAAAGAUUUGAUUUUGAGAAAUGGGGUUCUUGUUUUUUGAUGAAUAUUUACAUUUACUCACUGAACUUUUGUUCAAUAUUUUGGAUUUUUGGAGAAAUUGAGGAUGUUUUUUUUUCAAGAAAUAGGUUGUGGAUCUAGAAUUUUAGGUUCUGAAUAAAUUAUUUCAGGUAAAUGUUUAAUGGUCGGAAAAUCUAUCUGGAAACGACACUUUGGACCAAUCACAGCCCUCGAAGCUCGGGUAUGAAGGUGAUGAAGAACCUUUCGCGAUCAAGAAAAUGCAUGUGUUUUCAACAGUGGAUGGAUUUGUAGAGAUAACCGAGUCGUUGAUGGACAUGAUAAAGUUCAUUGCAAACGAGCCCUCAGCGGGGAUUUUCUAUGUUCAACAACAUACGCACACUGCAGUGCCCAACCUCAUCAGUCUCACUAGCAAAACAGAGGGAAAAUCUCGUCAAGUGACUUUGCACACAGCAGAUUCAGAGGAUUCUAUCUUCAUGGUCAGGUCAAUGAAAGAGUGUGGAUUCUCAAUUGCUAACGAAAUGAUGAAAAAUCUCAGACAUUCUCUAGUCGUUGUGUCUGAGAAGCAGCUCAGAAUUGGAUCUAUAAGAAGACAAAGUUCAAGUUUUCGUAUUGAAAGAACUAUCUCGUGGAAUCCUGCUACUUGGGGUCGAAAAACAGGUCCAGAACCAGAUGGUGAGAGGAAUGCUGAUUAUGUCUCAAAUGUUUUCAAGUCGGCAAAAGAAAAAGCUAGUAGCUUCAGAUGGCCUCAGAUGGAUGCCAUAGAAUCUAAACCAGCCAAGAAUGAUGAGCCAUCUGUAAUCUGUUCUAAUGAUGACACGACAUUACCAGCAGAUGACAGCUCUUGCACCAGAGGUCAACAAUGAUGAGACGUUACUGUUCUCAAGCCAAACUAAAGAUGUUCUACAAGACGACUGCGUAUAGGUAAAUGAAACCAUGUCCCAUGAUCAAAUUUUGUCCUGAGAAGCAAGCUUGAUGUAGCUUUGACAAUUCUUUUUGUUUGGACGCGAUUUUACAUGUACCAUGUUUUGAUGGAUCUUUGUACUAGAACAUGAAACAUAGAAACGAGAGAUCAUCAUACGUGUUCAAAGGACAAGGAAAGAGGAAGCUUCAAUCUUACACAAUAUA